AUGGAGGAAACCAAGAAAGCAAAGUCUUCUAUAUUAACACGAGCAAAGCUCGAUGUGUCUGAACACAAGUUUCCCACAGUAGCAGAGAAGAUGGAUGUUGCCCUGCUGGCAAUAGAGUAUAUCAUGGGAAUAGUGGAAUCUUCAUACAGAAUAAGGUAUAAUGAUUAUGUGACAGCUGUCCUAGGAGAAAAUGUGACCAUCUUCUGCAACUUGACAACUCUGGCAAAUGUUGAGCAAGUCACCUGGCAGAAAAUCCAAGGGUCUCUGCCACAAAAUAUCGGCACUUACAGUCAUAAAUAUGGAGAAAAUAUUCUCCUGCCAUAUGUAAACAGGCUGCACUGCAAUAUUCUGGAACCCAAUGCCUCCUUCAUAACUAUCCAAGAAGUGACAUUUGAAGAUGAAGCCUGCUACAAGUGUCUGUUCAACACUUUUUCAUUUGGCAGCCACAGAGGACAAACGUGUCUCAACAUUCUAACUGUAUCUAAAUUAAUAACCAAACUCAGUUCUGUUACUGGCUCUGAAGAUCUCCUUAACCUUCAAUGUUCAGCUGUGGGAAAGCCUGCUCCCGGAAUCUCCAUUUACCCUUCCCAAGACCUAGUGUACUCACAAAAGGAGUUCUUUACUAAAAACCCGAAUACCACAGUGACUGUCACUAAAAUAUACAACAUCUCUUUGAAAACUGUGAGGUCGCUGGGUCUACAGGACGUAGUUGUGUCCAUGACUCACCCCAUAAGAGAUGAAGAGAAGAUAGUUCCUCUGCCAAUAAAUCAAGAAGGUGCCAUGAAUCAUUUUUUAAAGUGGAAGAAUGCUGCAGUUGUAUUCAUUAUUCUCUUUUGUAUUUUAUGUGUCUUCAUUGGGACUGUUUUCUAUAUUAAUUUCAAAAGGAAAAGGUCAGAGAACACAUCCGAACCAUCAACACAGAUGCCUAACCCAUUAUCAACACUGGUGCCCACACCGUCAUCAACAGAGGCAGAGAACUUAAUGAGUCAACAUAAUCAGACGAAGACAUAA